GUAUCAUAUGCAAUAAACAAUUGACAAAGGGUUUUAUCAAAGCAAGGUUUGCGUCAUCGAUAAUGGUACUGGGUUUACAAAGAUGGGAUGGGCUGGGAAUACUGAGCCUCAAUUCGAUAUUCCUACUGUUGUGGCAGAUCAUCAAGAAAAAUAAAAAGUUCAAAUGAGCAAGAAUACUAAUGAGAAUUUGGAUUACUACAUUGGAUACGAGGCUUAUGACUACACAAAGUCUCACAAUAUCUUUUAUCCAAUGAAGAGUGGAAUCGUAGAAAAUUGGGAUCUGAUGGAGAAGUUUUGGCAUAGGAGUAUAUUUGAUUACCUCAGGGCUGAACCAGAUGAAACAACCUUCAUUUUGACUGAACCUCCUAUGAAUCCUCCUGAAAAUAGAGAGAAUAUCGCAGAAAUCUUUUUUGAGACAUUCAAUGCCAAGGGAUUGCACAUUUCAGUUUAGGCAGUCUUAUCCCUCUUCUCUACCGGAUUGACAGGCAUGGUUUUGGACUCAGGAGAUGGUGUGACACAUUGCAUUCCUGUGGCAGAUGGUUAUGUGAUAGGAUCAUGUAUCAAACACAUUCCUUUGGCAGGAAGAGACAUCACCCAAUUUAUCUAAAAUUUAUUGAAGGAGAGAGGAGAAAACAUACCAGCAGAAGAUAUCAAAAAAGUAGCCAGGGAAGUCAAAGAGAAAUAUGGAUAUUGUAUAGGAGAUGGAGACCUCAUCAAGGAAUUCCAAGCUUAUGACAGAGGAGACAAGAACAAAUUCAAGACCUAUUAUGGAAAGAGCUCAGUUACCAAAGAGAAAUACACAAUCGACAUUGGUUACGAAAGAUUCUUAGGUCCUGAGAUGUUCUUCCAUCCAGAAUUCUUGGAUGGCAAAUGGAGAUCUCCCAUUGAUGAAGUCAUCGAUAAAUCCAUCUAAACCUCCCCUGUGGAUUGCAGAAAGAAAUUAUAUCAAAAUAUCAUCUUAUCCGGUGGAUCCACUUUGUUUGAUGGGUUUUCUCAAAGAUUGGAACAGCAAGUUUAACUGAGAAUCGAUUCCAGACUCUAGAAAUACGAACAAAGGUCUGGAUUCAAACCUGCAUCCAUCAAGGUCAAUGUCACUCAGAACCCGUUCCAAAGAUAUGCUGUCUGGUAGGGAGGAAGUUUGAUGGCAUUAUAACCACAAUUUGAGAAGGUGUAUCACACUAGAUAAGAGUAUUUCGAAAGAGGGUCCAUCCAUUGCCAGAUACAAUGCUGUCUUUUAGCCAUAAUAUUGAAUGAAUAUGUUCACAUCACAUAAGAAAAUUAAUAUUAAUUAAUGAGUACUGAAUCAUACUAAUACAAACCUCAUGUCAUCAACAUUUCCUAUCAGGAGAUCUCGCCUGACAUCCCAGAGUUCUUCACACAUAAAAGACAUGUAUUUAUUAUGACCAAUACAGGAAGACCCAUUUAUGUGAGAUAUGGGAGCGAAAUCAAAUCCUCCAUCUUUUUAGCCACCAUCAAUGCCAUCUUCCAAAAGUUCCUUCUAUUCUUUUUUGAAGACAAAGAAAAACAAACCCUAUUUAAGAUUUCGCAUGACAAAAGCAAUAUUUACAUUCUGCAAAGAAAUUAAAUCACUUGCAUCUGCGCAACGAAUGUCCUCCAAGACUCGGAAUUCAUCAUUUACCAGAUGUUGGAUUUUCUCAACACCUAAUUGAUAUCCAUAGUCACAGAUUAAGCAAAUGUCCAAUUAACCCAAAAACCCAAUUAUGAUUUGGCAUAUUCUCUGGGAGGAUCCAGAAAUCUAUUGACGUUGGCCCUAAAGAACGGAUUAUAUUCUCCAUGCAUAGCCUUCAAUUCAAUCUGCACUUUGACCAUGACAGCCUCAUUGAGAUCCUUUAUACACAAUAAUUUAAAGGAAACCAAAGUGGCCAAUGUGAUAGCCUCCUUGUUAUUGACUGAAACCUACGUGAUCGACAUUUGGAGACAAAAGAACAUGGAAUUCAAGACUUCUGACAUCACGAUCAUACAAAGCAUGAUCUAGGGAUAAGGCCAAUUGAAGAAGGGAGAGAACUGGAUCCCAGUGUGUCUGCCUGGCCUAUCAGCAAUGGGAUUUGUGUAUGCUUACAUCUACUUCUUCUAUUAAAACACUAUUGGGAUAGUAAUGAUAUCCGAUGACAACUCGUUGGACAUGUUCACAAAGUGCAAGGAGGCCUCCUCAACUUUGAUUAAGAAAUUCGAUUAAAAUGGUUUAGAGCAAAGUCUAUUCACAUGUCUUCAAAAUAACCCAAUCACUCCCAAAUGCAUAGAGAAUUAGACUCAAAUCAAGCAUUUCAUCGUCAGACACAUUUCAGGACAAGUGUUCCUGCCAAUGUUCUAACCAUUCGGAAAGAACUCCAAGACUUUCAAGUUCUAUAUGCAAUAAUAUGGAGAACUGUAUAAGGAUUUCAUGAUCUCCCAAUCUCUUGGCAAUUCAGAUGUAAAAUAAAACUACUUCGUUUGGGAUUCUAAAGGUUUUGGCAUCACGCAAUACCAUGAUGUUAUUAUUAUGUUCUGCUUUAAUGAAUUGAUUGAAUUCCAAUAAAUAGUUUAGAAUGUUCAUACUCUACAAAAAAUGUUCAGAACAGAAGACUUGAUCAACUUUUUUAUAUUGAAACCAUCCUGA